AUGCUUUUAGAAGUAAUUCAAAUCAUCAUUGUAACCUCAAGUUUCAUUAUCAUAUUAUUAAAAUUUAAUAAACAAAGCUCAGAUUAUGACUUUUUAGAUGAAUCUGGCGAUACCUUUGUUGGUACCUCACGUUUCUCGACUCUAAAGAGAGAUGUUUUUAAAUUAGUUUUUAUAUUGCUUCAAACCGGCUUGUACACGUUUCUAUUUUUUUGGGAUUUUAAGAAUGACGAGGAAAGCACCAGAUUGUCACAGGACGCAAUGUUUACAUUUUAUUGGCUUUACUCGACUAUAAUAUCGAUAAUUGCUCUUAAGACAAGUUCAAGAAAAUUGCGAUGGGUUAUCAACAUCAUUCUGACAAUAAUUUUUACUGUAGCUACUAUGUUAUCCCUUUUGCAAAUGAGAAGAAUUUUUUUAAUAGAAUCAAAUGAUGCGGAACACACAAAGAUACAAAUAUCAAUAGCUGUUUGCAAUUUAAUAUUAUCAAUAUUAUUGACAUCCAUAUCUAUUACGACGCCUAGAGGGCCAAAAUUAAUGCAUGGUGAAAGACCAGUUAGUGGAAUUGUUUAUUGUUCAAUAUGGGAUUUCCUAACAUUUUCGAUGAUUUCGCCAUUAAUAAAUAAGGCAUCAAAAGGUCCACUCAAAGAUUCUGAUCUUGAAGAACUUCCAUUUGCUAAUCGAGCCUUGUCUCUUUACAACAUGGAUGUUGGUCGUAUAUCCGAAUUUGCUACUUGGUGGAGUACUGGUUGUAUUGAUUCACCAAUUGAGUUGAUUGUUGGACUCUAUUUCUUGUAUAAAUUAUUGGGUGUUUCAUGUUUAUUAGGGUUAUUGGUACUAGUAAUAACAUUACCUAUUAAUCAUUUUACGGCGAAGCGUUAUGCAAAAACUCAAGACAAUCUAAUGAAAACAAGAGAUCGUAGAAUUAAUUUAAUGAAUGAACUUCUUCAAGGGAUAAGAAUGAUCAAAUUUUUAGGCUGGGAUAAAAAAUGGGAGGCUCGUGUUUUAGAUGCACGUGGUGAAGAGCUUGUACAGUUGAAAAAAAAUUUCAUUUACCUGUCAAUUUUUGAUUUGUUAUGGGCAGCAUCGCCAGCUCUUGUGUCGGUUAUUUCAUUUAUUGCAUAUACAAAAAUCAUGGGAAAUGAACUUACAGUCUCUAUAGCAUUUACAUCAAUUUCGUUGUUUAAUGAACUAAGAUUCGCAUUUAAUGUUAUACCUGAAUUUGUUAUGGAAUUAUUUCAAUGCUUAAUUAGUGUCAAUAGAAUUGAGAAAUUCUUAGAAGAAGAUGAGAUAGCCAUUUCAAAUGAAAAUUAUACAAGUAUUGAAAACAAGAUAGCUUUUGAAAAUGCAACUGUUACCUGGAAUAAGAAUAAGGCCACUAAGGAAACCGAAACCAAUGAAAAUGUUGCACCGAUUUUCACAAUCAACGAUUUAAAUAUUGAAUUUCCCAUGAAGGAAUUAAGCAUAAUAUGUGGACCAACUGGUUCAGGAAAGACGUUACUAAUGAUGUCAUUAUUAGGAGAAUCUAAUAUUAUCAAUGGCAAAAUAUUUUGUCCACGUUAUAAGAUGGAGCAAACCGAUACAGGACUCAGUUCAUCUAAUUGGAUUAUCGAAAAUAGUACUGCGUAUGUAGCACAACAAGCCUGGCUUCAAAAUGCAGCAAUUCGUGACAACAUUUUAUUUGGCCUGCCCUACAAUGAGUCUCGUUAUAAGCAAGUCAUUAAGAUGUGUGCAUUAGAAAAAGAUUUUCAGAUUUUUGAAGAUGGCGAUAUGACAGAAAUUGGUGAAAAGGGAAUAACACUUUCUGGUGGUCAGAAACAACGUUGCUCUUUAGCGAGAGCAGUUUAUUCAAGAGCUCAGAUUAUCUUUAUAGAUGAUGUUCUUAGUGCUGUAGAUGCUCAUACUGCUAAACAUCUUAUGAACGAAUGUAUAUUAGGACCAUUGAUGAAGGGUCGAACUCGAAUUCUCGUUACACAUCACGUUGGAUUAUGCUUAUCUGGUGCUUCUUAUCUGGUUGCUAUUAAUAACGGAAAAAUUACGGCAUCAAGCAGUGUUUCUGAUCUGAUUAAUACUGGUCAAUUGGCUACUGUUUUGGAGGAAUCGGAUAGCCGAGGAGCAUAUGAUGAUAUUAUUGAAUUGGCAGCAGAAAAUUUUGAUAAAGAAAAUGCAAAUAAAGAUUCAUCGCGUAUAAUUGAAUUAUCAACAGCUUCUUCAACGACAACGACUCUGAUAAAUGCAGAUGCUGGAGAUAAUAAUGAAGAGUCAAUACAGCAUAAUUAUAAACCCAAAGUGUUGGUAGAAGAAGAAAAACGACCUACAGGCGUUGUUAGAUUAAAAAUUUACAAAACUUAUUUUCGUGCAAAUGGGUUCAUCAUAUUUUGGUUGAUAGUAGCUCUUCUCUUUAUUUUUACGAGGGUAUCGCAAGUUGCAGAAAGUGUGUGGUUAAAGGUAUGGGCCAUGUCUUCCACUAAUGAUCAGAAAAUGAAUGUCACUACUAUUUUACCCUUCAUUUCACUGCCUGACUCGAGCUUGAUCGGAGAAAAAACUUUGCAUGUUUAUGAGAAACACAGCGUUGAAUAUUAUUGUGGGAUUUAUGUUUUAAUAACAUUUUCAUCGAUUUUGAUUGGAUUUGCACGUUUUUGCUGGCUGUACUUUGGAUCAUUGAGAGCCUCUAGGAGAUUGUACAGAAUUUUACUUCAUCAAAUUAUCCGUGCACCAUUAAGAUUUUUUGAUACUACCCCUGUUGGAAGGAUUCUUAAUAGGUUCAGCAAAGAUUUUGAAACAAUAGAUGACAGGCUUAUAAGUGAUCUAGCUUGGUUUCUAAGCAACGUUAUUAUGAUGUUUAGCACUGUAAUUGUAAUAGUCUCCAUUACAAAAGAACUUGUUAUUGCAUCUAUACUUUUCGGAGCUUCAAGAGAUCUUAAACGAAUGGAUUCUGUGAUAAGAUCGCCUUUAUACACACAUUUCACUGAAACCAUAAUUAAAGUUGAUGCCGGAUUGGCCGGAUUGUCGUUGUCAUUUGCGAUGAAUUUUACUGAACAAAUAAUGUGGAGUGUGAGGAAGUAUACUUCAUUGGAAAUGAGUUUGAAUUCGGUGGAAAGAUAUCAUGAAUUCACUGAAAUUCCUCAAGAGGCGCCAGAAAUAAUUGAACCAAGGCCUCCAGCUAGUUGGCCACAUGAUGGAGCUAUUGAUGUACAAAAUCUGGAGGUUAGAUAUGCUCCUGAUUUAGAACCUGUAUUGCAUCAUAUCUCUUUUUAUAUAAAAGGUUGUGAAAAGGUUGGACUUGUUGGAAGAACCGGAUCUGGAAAAUCAACUAUAGCUUUAUCUUUAUUUCGGUUUAUUGAACCAUCAGAUGGGCAAAUUUUAAUUGAUGGAAUUGAUAUAUCAUCAAUUGGUAUUGAAGAUCUAAGAUCUAGAAUCACCAUUAUUCCUCAAGAUCCAAUACUUUUUUCAGAUUAUCAAGAUGAAGAAAUUUAUGAAUCUUUAAGACGUGUUCAUUUAUUACCAUCAUCUGAAUCGAAUCAAGAUUUCACUUUGUCAGGGGAUAAUAUUAAUGUAUUUAAAAAUUUAGAUACUCCUAUUAGUGAAGGAGGAAAAAAUCUUAGUCAAGGGCAAAGACAAUUAUUAUGUUUAGCAAGAGCUUUAUUGAGAAGAUCAAGAAUAAUAUUAAUGGAUGAAGCUACAGCGAGAACGGAAUUUUUGGAUUGCACAAUAUUAUGUAUUGCGCAUCGUUUACGAACUGUUAUUGAUUAUGAUAAGAUAUUAGUUAUUGACCAUGGAAAAGUAAUAGAAUAUGACAGCCCAUCCAAUUUAAUAUUGGAUUCAAAUUCACUUUUUCAUCAAAUGUGUCAAAGUUCUGGUGAAUUUGAUUUAUUAAUGACAUUAUGUUUAAAGAAAGGCGAUAACUAA